CACUGUGCCAACAGGACUCCUUGCACUUGUUACAGCACCUGUGUGACCAAGUCCCACCUGCAGCCCCUGGGACACUCAGGGUACCUGGCUAUGGCAGCAGAGCUCCUGUUUGCCCAGCCCCACGGUGCAGUGACAUUUGAGGAUGUGGCUGUGCUCCUCUCUCGGGAGGAGUGGGGCCACCUGGGCCCUGCACAGAGGGUGCUCUACAGGGAAGUGAUGCUGGAGACUUAUGGAAACCUAGUCUCGCUAGGAGCAGCACUUGCAGGGCCAAAGCCUGAGGUGAUCUCACAGUUGGAAAGUGGGGAUGAACCAUGGGUCCUGGAGGUGCAGGGUACCAAAGGGCAAGUUGGCUGCUCAGAUAGUAGGACCAGGACCGAGUUCAAGGAAUUGACUUCAGGGAAGCUCUUGGAUAAGAAACAAAGGGCUCAACUCAGGGAGGCUAUUCCCCAAGGACUUUAUGUAGGAGAACACACAGAGCCUGGUGAUCUGGAAGAGCACCUGGACAAGCAAAAAGGCCCUAAACUGGUUAUGGUGACUGGUGAGGAAAGGGACCAGGAGUCUGGGGGAAGCCUCAGGUUGGGGUUAAGCUCCUUCCUAGAUCAGAGACCUUAUAAAUGUGAUAUAUGUGAGCAAAGUUUUGAACAGAGAUCGUACCUCAACAACCAUAAGCGUGUACACAGGUUAAAAAAAACAAAUACAGUUCAUGAUUUUUGGGAAAAUUACAAUGUAAAUUCAAUUGUUAAUGGAGAUCAGAAAAUUCCUAUUGGAAAAAAAUUGCAUUACUGUAGCUUCUGCAGGAAAACCUUUAGGUACAGUGCUAACCUUGUUAAACAUCAGCGGCUUCACAGUGAGGAGAAACCCUACAAGUGUGAUGAGUGUGGGAAAGCCUUCAGCCAGAGCUGUGAAUUUAUCAACCACAGAAGGAUGCACUCUGGGGAGAUACCGUACAGGUGUGAUGAGUGUGGGAAGACAUUCAAUAGAAGGCCCAACCUUAUGAAGCACCAAAGGAUUCACACUGGAGAGAAGCCCUACAAGUGUGGUGAUUGUGGGAAACACUUCAGUGCUUACUCUUCCCUUAUUUAUCACCAGAGAAUUCACACUGGAGAAAAGCCCUACAAGUGUAAUGACUGUGGAAAGGCCUUCAGUGAUAGCUCAAUUCUUAUCCGACAUCGGCGGACUCACACUGGAGAGAAACCAUUUGAGUGUAAAGAAUGUGGAAAAGGCUUUACCCAGAGCUCUAACCUUAUCCAACAUCAGCGAAUUCACACUGGAGAGAAACCCUAUAAAUGUAAUGAAUGUGAGAAAGCCUUCAUCCAAAAAACCAAACUUGUGGAACAUCAGAGAAGCCAUACUGGAGAGAAGCCUUAUGAAUGUAAUGAAUGUGGCAAAGUCUUCAGCCAGAGCACACACCUUAUCCAGCACCAGAGGAUCCAUACUGGGGAGAAGCCCUACAAGUGUGGUGAGUGUGGGAAGGCCUUUCACAACAGCUCCAGACUCAUUCACCACCAGAGGUCUCAUCAUGGAGAAAAGCCGUACAAAUGCACUGAUUGCAAGAAGGCCUUCAGCCAGAGCACUUACCUUAUCCAGCACCAGAGAAUCCACACUGGAGAGAAACCCUACAAAUGCAGCGAGUGUGGGAAAGCCUUCCGGCACAGCUCCAAUGUGUUUCAGCAUCAGAGGAUUCAUCUCCGGGAAGAGUUCUCAAUGUGACUGUGGAAGUGGGGAAGUCAUACUGUGCACUUUUCCCACCUUCACCUACCUUGCUUUAUUUAUUGUGCACACAGUGUUGUCAGGGUGAAGACGCAUUUCUUGUUAAUUAAAGAAAACUUUUCAAAAAUAUUUUGUGGUGAAAGCUCUUCAUCCAAAAGCUCUGUAUGACCAUUUUAGAAAACUUGAGAAAAGUGAGCAAAAAGAAGCUCCUAUAUUUCCCUUACUUAGAAAAAAACACUGCCAUUUUGGUAAGUUUCCUUUCAGACCUGCUGAAGAACGUUUAUAAAAAUAAAAUGUUGUUAUAUCCAUUAAUUGCAGCUCUUCCCCUUUGCUAUUUCUUCACAAAAUUCACAAUGGAGAGACUUUUGCACAUUUGCAUAUUUUUACAUAUUGUAAAAUUUCAAAAACUGA